AUGGUGCUGGACACCAUGGCUCCGUUCUCGAAGAGCGGCCUCCAGAUACUCGCUGGCGAGUACCUGGCUGGUCCUCUUCUGAAGUGGGACGAUUUGUCCCUGUUCGACCAGCUGUUCGCCGCGGGCUCCGAGCCCGAAAUGUCUGUUCUGACCUGGGAGCUGACCGAGCUCCUUUGCAACAUGGUCAUCGUCGUGGGGGUUGGCUCCCCUCAAACCUAUCUCCUCCGUGUCGUCCUCGCUCCCGAGUUUGCGUGGUUCGGCUUGCACUGGGCAGGGAUGCCACACCCUGCCCAAGUGUCCUCUGCUUCCUCCCUCCUCGACCUCCUCCACUCCCGUCCCCUGGCCGCGUCUGUGGCCCUCCAUCAAAACAUGGGGCUUGGUGAAAAGUGGAAGUCCGUCGUCCGUCGCCUGUGGGCUCACUUUGAGCCCUACAGCUCAUCUUUCUCCUCCGGCCAGCUGCAAUCCACAGCUGGCAACAACAAUGAUAUCCUCCCACCAAUGGAGGACUUCGACUACCCUCCUUCCCCCAUCGAGGAGGAAUUGGAGGGUGUGCUGCCCAUGGAGGGCGUUGAACUUUUGUCCGUCCCCGGUGUCUACAUUGACACCAUGAUCCGGGAUAUCUCCCCGGACAUGGAUGUCUGCACUGAGCCUGCGGCCGUGUCUGCCUCCGCCCCCCCUGCUGCCAUGACUCUGCCUCCCUCCCUUCCUCCCGUGGUGCCCUCCCUCCCUCCCAUGGUGCCUUCUUUCCCUCCUGUGGUGCCACCACUCCCCGCAGUGCCGCACUCCCUUCCUGUGGUGGCCCCAUCCACCAACAAGUACCGGCAACGGUACUAG